AUGGCACAAGUUGCCGUUGCAACCUUCAAAUUCAACUCAUUUCACAAACCCAUUCACCACUCUUUCUUCUUCUCUCCCUCUCCCCCUCCCCCUCCCACAUUCAACUUCAAACCUAAUCCCAAUCUCACACACCCACGUCUUUCUCACCAUUCCCUCUUCAUGUUCCGUCCUCCUUCUCUCACCUCAUGCAGCAGCAGCAGCAACAACAACAACAACAAAUCAGAUAUGAUAUCACAGUUGGAACUGGGGAAACCAGAGCUGAAGAAGAGGGAACCGGAGAAACGAGUCAACGGGAUAUUCUGGAUCAUACUGCUUAAUAUCGGUAUAUUCGUCGCUGACCAUUUCUUUCAGGUUGAUGGCAUCAAGGCUUUGUAUUUGUUUCAUAGCAGGCCUGAUUGGUUUCAGUUUCUCACAGCAACAUUUUGUCAUGCUAAUUGGAAACAUCUUUCUAGCAACCUUUUCUUCUUAUACAUAUUUGGAAAGCUUGUUGAAGAAGAGGGAGGAAGCUUUGCAUUGUGGCUUUCUUACAUUCUUACUGGUGUUGGAGCAAACCUUGUUUCCUGGCUUAUUUUACCAAGAAACACAGUUUCAGUUGGAGCUUCUGGAGCUGUUUUUGGGUUAUUUACUAUCAGCGUCCUUGUAAAGAUGUCCUGGGAUUGGAGGAAGAUCCUUGAAGUGCUUAUAUUGGGUCAAUUUGUUGUAGAGAAGGUUAUGGAAGCAGCUCAAGCGUCGGCAUCAUUACCAGGAACCUUUCGUGGAGGCUACGCAUUGCAAAAUGUCAAUCACAUUGCUCAUCUUUCUGGUGCUCUUGUUGGCGUGCUCUUAGUUUGGCUCCUUAGCAAAAUUCCUUCUGAUUCUUCAAACCAAUAA